UUCAGCACCUCAUUACUCUAAAUAUUCUAGCUGAAUGGGUCCUUUUGCACAUCAUUACCUAAGAAAGCAGGUUUUGGGUGUGUUUCUGAAGUGGGGGCUGGCUUUUUGGAGGUAGUCUGAUUUAAAAGAGCAAGUCAGAGCUCUAGAUUAGCCGGUGCAAAGUUUAGUUGCUGAACAGUUCAGUUACACCAUGGAAUCCACAAGAAAAAAACAGAAGGAACUUACUUUAUCUGAGAAGAUUCAAGUUCUUGAAUUGCUUCAGAGGCAAAAGAUCUCCCAGAUGGAAUUGGCAAAGCGUUUUGGUGUUACACAGCCUGUCAUCUCCAGGCUAAUCAAGAACAAGGAAAAGGUAUUGAUGGAAUGGCACAAUAAUAGCAAUCCAGAUCGCAAAAGGAAAAGGGAAGGGAGAGAUAGUGAUGUGGAUACUGCCCUCUUACAGUGGUUUCAGGUUGCCAGAGCACAACAUAUACUUGUCUCAGAUGAAGCCUUGGCUGCAAAGGCCAAGGGCCUGGCAGAUGCUAUGCAGAUUAGAAAUUUUGUUCCAACUGUUGGCUGGAUCAAUAGAUGGAAAGCUCGUCAUGGUCCCUUUUUGCAACAAGCAUAUGGAGAAGCAGAUGGCAGGAGUCCGCUAUCAGGCAGUGCGUCACAAGACGUUGUGCCUCCAGAAGGAAUGACUGAAGAAGAAUUCCAUCAGUAUGUGGAGCAAGCUGCUAUUAAGGUGUGUGUUUGGGAUAUAGCUGAUCAAGAACCAGGAAAUGCCAUGAAAGAAAUUACAAAAUCAGAAACUAUUGAUGUUGAAGAAGAGAAAACUAUCCCCACUUUUAAGAUGGCAAGAGGAACUAACGGCCAACUAACACCUUCAUUGAGCCAAUAUAACAUGCCUUACGGAAGGAGUUCCGCUUCAAGAAGAGAUAUCUGUAUGGAAGUGCCUAGUAGUUCUUAUUCACAGCCUGGAACCUCAGGCUACCAAUCUUAUGCAUUUCCUAGGUGGAUAGUCCCAGAGGCAGGACGAAAGCGAAGUGAAGGGAAGUCUCUGUCAACUGUUCCACCACAGCUGAGUAACAGCUUUGAAGGAUUGGACAAAGCAGAGACUCAUCAAAUUACAAAUAUAUCGCUUUCUCCAACCUGUGCGAGAAUACCCUCCACAUCAUCUCCUAGACCUCUGACAAGGGAUGACCUUUUAUUUCUGCAGCAGCAUCAAGCAGGCAUCCCACGAUAUGGAACCAGGAAUGAGACUGAAGUGCCGGCAGGAUCCUCAGAAGAGCAGGAGCUUAUUCUAGAAAACCAAAGGAAGUUUGGAUUGUAUCUUGAUGAGAAAAGGGAAAGCCUUAAAAGAUUGCAUGUAUUGGAGGAAGAACUGCUCAGGGCUAAGAUUGAAGUUGAACAGUUAAAAGCAGCACGACUGCGAGAAUUGUCAGUGCUCAAGGAUCCCUGAAGGGAGAGCCGUCAUCGUCUGCUGAUUCAACUCUGUGAUCCCUACUGUGACAUUUUACCAAACAGCAUUGUUGAGAUAAAAAGAAUGAGUUCCUGUAGGGAUUUUCCCAUUAACACACACUAACUUUGCUGGAAGAAUCACGGAGACCUUGUGAAAGUUUACCCCAAUUUUUAUCAAUCAAGUUUGCCAGGAUGAUAGACCAGAUUGGUGUCUGAUGCUAAUGUUGAACUUAAAAUCAGUAAAUCUGCUCUGGUCAGUGGAUAAAUACCACAUAGUAUAUAACACUGAGUCUAACAGAUGGGAUGUUGUAAGUUUAAUCUCACUCUGCUUUGUGUUCAUUUGUGUAUAUUGGGGAGACAAUGGUGUCAAUUCGGUAGGAUGGGGAAAAUAUUGAAUAUCAAUCCCUUUCAACUCCACUAUAUAGCAAUUUUGUUAGAAACAGUGUCUUUGAACAUUAGAUGUCCAAGUAAUUUUGGUUGUAGAAUACAUUUUAAUAAUAUUCCUUUAUAUUGAAUGCUAACUCUUCAGAAAUGUAAUUCAGGACCGUCAGCAUUUCUUAUGGUUUAUUGGUGGCUGUUGAGGAAAUAGCAUAUGAUGGUGGUUACCACAAGUAUGUAACAUUUUGUUAGUUCUUUGGCCUAUUCCAUAUAUUUGCCAGCUUUUGUGCAUAGUAACAAUUUGUCCAAUUUGAAUAACACCUGCAUUUUGUCAGUCCUUUCAAACUUACCAAGUGAAAGGUUUAUUUUUAUCUCAUUAUCUGUGUCAGUUUGAUUUCAACUACACACUUAUUUUUAUUAAACUCAGUAGUUCACUCAGUGAUAAGCAAAAUAUUGCAGAUACUGGAAAUUGGAAAUAAAAACACAAAAUGUUGGAGAAACACAGCCAGCUCUAUGGAGAGAAAAACAGAAUUAAUGUUUUGAAUCCAAUAGGAAUUUUGUCAAACUCAAGAAGAGUCGCAAUUGUCAAACUCAAGAAGAAGAAUUGCAUCAUCACAUUGAACAUCAUCGUCAUGUUAACUCUUUCUCUCUCCACAAAUGUUGCUAGAUCUGUUAAGUUUCUCUAGUAUUUUAUGCUUUUUAGUUUACUCUGUAGUUUACACAAUGUAAUGUAUUUUUAGGUCUCAUUCAAAGGAUUUUACAUAAGUGUGUUGAUCGUAAGCUAGCAACCUUCUGAGUCCAAGGACAAGCUCAGCAGUUGCAAUUUUACAAUUAAAUAAUCAGCUGUAAGUUAUAUUUUCUCAUUAAACCUGUUCAAGCACUUAAUCCCUUGGCAAAUCGUACAGAAUUGCAUGCACAGCCCCACACUGAAGGCAGGUAAUUCUUGAUUAACCUCUAUGCUGUCAAUUGAAUUGUGAAUUAACAGCCACAACCACCCCCCUCGGCUUAAUAAUGACAAAUUGUAUGGGGUAGCUAAGCCUUAAUAAUACCUAUUAAUGUUAUGCCAGCGAAGAACUAUUAGAACCAUGAGAUCAAUUUUUUAAGCUUCUACAGACACAAGCAAUUCGUUUUAUAUUUUUAAAGGGCUGGCAGUUGAAAUAACGUGCAACAGUUCUACCGAUUUUAUCUGCCCUCCUGCAGUGCGAAUG